UCUGUGGAAGAAGGCGAUGUUUGCGCCGUACACCUCUAGCACGCUGCUCUCUGCUCGCUGCUAAGACUCAGAAUCAGGCAGAGAGGAAGAGUGCAGAGGAGAGGCAAAAUAAGGAGACUGUGUCAGAGGAGAAUAAGAGUUUUAAAAAGAGUAGGGGAUUUUUCUUUUCUGAGGCGUUGCUGUAGCUGUUGUGUGAGGAGAGAGAGAACGUGAGACAACGGCCAGCAUCUCCCAAAUGGAGUGGAAUGGGUUUAAGAUGGGGUCGACAGAGACACAGUGGCGUCAGGCAGAGCUCCCACAGCUCCAGGGCUGGGCAGAGAAGGGAUUGCUGACACAGCCAAAGAUGAUCAUCAGUAACAUGGAGGCUCCAGUGACAAAUGGCCCCAGUGGAGGAGGAACCACAGCCAAUGGGCCAACCAACAACAGCCGUGGCUGCCCCUCACCAAUGCAGACCGGCCCAACAAACGACGACAGCAAGACAAACCUCAUUGUCAACUACCUGCCCCAGAACAUGACCCAGGAAGAGUUCCGCAGCCUCUUCGGUAGCAUCGGCGAGAUCGAGUCCUGCAAGUUGGUUCGCGAUAAGAUCACAGGACAGAGUCUGGGCUACGGUUUUGUCAACUACAUUGAUCCAAAGGAUGCAGAGAAAGCCAUCAACACGUUAAAUGGACUCAGACUUCAGACCAAAACAAUCAAGGUGUCAUAUGCGCGACCCAGCUCAGCCUCCAUCCGUGACGCUAACCUCUAUGUGAGCGGCCUGCCCAAGACCAUGACCCAGAAGGAGCUGGAGCAGCUCUUCUCCCAGUACGGACGCAUCAUCACCUCCCGUAUCCUUGUCGACCAGGUCACAGGCCCCGCAGGUGGCUCCAGAGGUGUUGGCUUUAUCCGCUUUGAUAAGAGGAUAGAGGCUGAGGAGGCCAUCAAGGGCCUGAAUGGCCAGAAGCCAUCGGGCGCUGCCGAGCCUAUAACGGUCAAAUUCGCCAACAACCCCAGCCAGAAGACCAGCCAAGCUCUUCUGUCACAACUCUACCAGUCACCUAAUCGCCGAUACCCUGGCCCCCUUCACCACCAGGCUCAGAGGUUCAGGCUGGACAAUUUGCUUAAUAUGGCCUAUGGCGUAAAGAGGUUUUCACCUAUCACUAUUGACAGCAUGACCAGCCUGGUUGGCAUGAACAUCCCCGGGCACACGGGCACCGGUUGGUGCAUCUUUGUGUACAACCUGUCCCCAGAUUCAGACGAAAGCGUGCUCUGGCAGCUGUUUGGGCCAUUCGGCGCAGUCAACAACGUCAAGGUGAUCCGUGACUUCAACACCAACAAGUGCAAAGGCUUCGGCUUCGUCACCAUGACAAAUUACGACGAGGCGGCAAUGGCCAUCGCCAGUCUCAACGGCUACAGGUUGGGCGACCGCGUCUUGCAAGUCUCCUUCAAGACUAACAAGACACACAAGUCCUGAACUUUACCAGGUAGAAGCAGUUGCCCCGCGACUUUGUCUGCUCCAAAAUUGCCCCCAACCCCCCCUAUCCCCACCUCCACCCAUCCCUUAGCCCCUUCAGUCACUACCACUACCACUACCACCCUACUACAGCCAUCCAACACAGCAAACUCCAACCGGAACAUAAAGCAACCAACAAACCAUCAAGCAAAUUGAACUAGAAAUGGCUUAUAUUAUAACUUUGGACCUAUAAGCCAACGUUGCCUAAGUAUUACAAAAAUGAAAUGAUGAAAACGUUCACGAGUUUUGGGAAGCUCCUGCGAUAAUGCAGGCUUCUCUUUGUUGUAUAUUCUUUCCGUUUCUUGUGGUUGUUAUAAUGUUUUUUCUCUUCUGUGUAAAACAGUAGCAAAUCCCUGUAUCCCCUUAUUUCAGAGAAGAGAACGUCCUCUUUCGAUUGGAGCCUUUUCUCUGUCUUGAUUCAGGAUUUGUUUUUCUUUUGUAAAUCCGGAUCCACUGUCGGUAGUAUUAUAUACCUCCCCGUCUAGUAAACGGGGAGGCGGCUCUUUUUUAAAUUGGUGAACCAUUCAUUCAUUUUUAGCGUGUAUUUCAAAGCGUCCCCUUACCGAUUACAAACGGGAUUCCACGGGAUCCCGGUAACUCUGAUGUAGAAAAAAAAUGAAUUUCUAACAUUGUUUUUGUUUUGUAUCGCAAACAAAACAUAAUGUCUUUCCUCACUUGGGGUUCAGGGAGAUGGGGCAAGGGAGGGGAUGGGUUAGCUUUGCUGAUGACACGUUCAGUAAUUUAAGAAAAAAAAUAACACUGUUGCCAAAGAGAAGAUCUCUUUGCUUGGAAAAAAAAAAAAACACGUUUAGAAAAAGAUAAAAAUAAAUAGAA